AAUACCCAUUCCACUUCCUAUACAUUGAAAUACGUUUAUUUUGAUUGUUGUUACACAAUAUGGGCUGAAAUGGCAGUCAGUAACAUCCAAUAUUGUAACAGUACUUGAGCUGUCAAUGGUGCAAAUGCGUGUCACGUGAUGCAAUGGAUGAUCUGCUGUAACUUUCAAAUUUUUGGGCAGUGGUUGGACAUAAAAGGUGUGAUUUCUCACGGCUUGGGCGCACCGUGGUCUGUUGCGACGUGCAGGUGAAAGCCGUCCUAUGGUCGCACACUGGUUGAUUCCUGAAUUUGCUUCCGUACACCUUCGCAAACCCGAAAGUAACAUUUCUACAUAAUACGAAAUUACCCUAGCUCUGAUUGCGGGAGUGCGAACCAUCUUCAAGAGGACGGCUCGUUUCAAGGUGACGAUUGAUCAGAGGACUCGAUGAGUGGAUACAUAGCGCCAGGUGCUCCUUCGAAAUUGGAUCGCUCACAGAUAGCAAGCUUGCAUGGCGGCGCCCCCUCUAAAUUUUGGAAGGCAGAGCCAACCACAAUACCACAACCGUCACCUCAACCCGCGUCAAAUCCCAACCCCUACAGCAAAGCCUAUCAUGGAUCGGGGAAUUUUACCAGGCACUCGGAUGUAUUUACGCGAAAUGCUCCACCAUCCACGUCCUCAAGCCAAAUUUCGUUACGACGUCGACGUCCUUCUGGUUCAUCACUCCAUCUUUCGGCCGGAACAAGGCCCUCUGGUGCUACUUCCGAAACUCUUAGAAGACCAUUCGACGCCCUCGUCGACGGCGAUGAGCUAGACCCACUCAACAUGGGUGCCUUCGAACAAAGCCGAUCCUCUCGUUCUGCGCUGGAUAAAGGAAAGCAGAAGGCAUCGCCUGAAGAUGAGGACGAAGUCAUGCUAGUCGAAUCUAGUGCUGUUUCUGCUCCGCCGACUCACAGCAGAAAACGGAAAUCCGGGGAUGAAGACUACCCAUUUUUGGACAUGUUGUCAGUUAUGAAAACUAGGAGCGACCGCAAAAAGGCUGAGCAGGCAAAAAUGAAGGAGAUACGCACAGCCGCUAUAGCCAACGAGAAGCCUUUGGAUAAAUUUCGCUUUAAUCCUCGAUCGUCUCCCGCCCCAGCACCACCCGCAUCCCGCCCUGUCUCCUCGAGGCCCGAUCUCUUGCCUAUCCGAAUACUCUUCUGGGGUCUGAUAAAACAUGAAGCAAAUUCUUCUCCGGAUGUACCUAAAGUAUUGAGUUGGCCGCAGAAUCAUCCGGCCUUUUCAUUGCGUCAAGCCCACUCUCCUGCGCCAGGCCAGAAGCCCCUGAUAGUAGUCCCAAUGAAAUGUGUUCGUCAUUUUGAAUAUUUCUCCGGGAGCUCACAGAUUCCUCCUUACUUGCACUUUGAUAUUGAGAUUGACACGGACAACAAACCCACCUCGACCUCGGAUUUGUUUAAGAGUGACAGCGAUACAUUUCGGCCUCGUAUGUCAGUUAACGUAGGUCUUCCUUCUGUUUACUGAUGAACUCGCUAUCCUCAGGCCAAAAGCACAUGCCUUAUCUGUCUCGAUCAGACGAACACCUGUCUUCAUUCGCAAUUGAAGUCCAUGGUAAUUCGACCAUGCCUCAACAAAUC